AUGGCCCAAAACAUUGAGCAAAAUGAUAGCGAAGAAUCCGAGCCAAGAAACGUGGUCGAGAAUGCAGGUGGAUCCGAAGUAUUGAGGAACUCCCGAGACCAACCACUCGCAAUGGCAGAAUUGGGUAUGGAAACAUCACUGGCACAAACAUACACCCGAAGACUUUCGAGUUCAGUCGCACCGAGUAGUCCUCUGCCAGAUGGGGGCUGGAGAGCUUGGAUGUCAGUGUUAGCGGGCUUUUUGUCCAUUAUGAACACCUGGGGCUCAAUUAUCUCCUUUGGUGUCUUUCAGACUUACUAUGUCACCCACUUGAAUCGGCCGCCGUCCGACAUCUCAUGGAUAGGAUCCAUUGCUGUUUUUUUCCUGUUCGCCGGCGGUAUCGUUACUGGCAGGCUCACCGACGCCGGUUACUUCCACCAUGUCACAAUCUUGGGCGCAGCUCUUGUUGUUCUGGGCACUUUUAUGACAUCCAUCAGCAAGACCUACUGGCAGGUUCUCCUUGCUCAGGGGCUCUGUGUAGGACUUGGAAAUGGGUCCUUGCAGACACCCAUGAUGGUUUUGAUUGCCACGUACUUUGGAAAGAAGCUGCCACUUGCCUUUGGAAUUGCAGCGUGCGGCAGUGUGACAGGAGGCCUUGUCUUCCCAUCCAUGGCAAGGACGCUGCUGCCGACUGUAGGUUUUGGCUGGACGAUGAGGGCAAUCGGUUUCAUACAGCUGGGAACGCUGGCCAUCGCCGUAUUCUCGGCCAGGCCAAGACUGGAGCCGAAAAAACAUGGCAGCUUUUUGGACUGGACUGCUUUUCGGGAAACCGAGUUCAGUCUUUUCACAGUCGGGUGUUUUAUGGUGAGUGUCGGCUGCAACGCGCAAUGUGGGCCAUCUGUCCGUAUCACUAACUUGAGAUACAAGUCUUUCAUGGGCGUUUUCUUUGGCUUCUUCUUCCUCUCUUCCUACGCCCGGGAUAUUCAAGGCAUGCCCUACACCGAAUCCGUCAACCUCCUAUUGAUCCUCAACGGAGUCGGCUUCGUAGCGCGGAUGCUACCCAGCCUUCUUGCCCGCUACUUUGGCACAGUCAACACCUUCUUCGCAUUGCUGUUUGGGUCUCAGAUGGCCAUGUUCACAUGGAUAGCGGUGUACUCGACUUCCGGACUCUACGUAUGGACAAUUUACUAUAGCUUGGUAAUCGGCGGUGUCCAGUCACUAGCCCCGGCUGUUGUGUCUUCUUUCAGCCCGGACUUACAGAAACUAGGUUCUCGGAUGGGUAUGGUGUUUAGUGUCAUAGGGGUUGGGGCCCUUAUUGGGUCACCAAUCGCCGGGGUACUAAUAUCAGCGUUAGACGGUUCUUAUGUUGGCGCGCAGGCUUUCGCGGGUACGAGUCUUGCGGUCGGAUGUGCACUUGUGUUUGCAGCCAAGGAAGUUGCGAGGAGGAAGAAGAAUGCUUCUCUAUGGACGAAAAUGUAA